UGUAGUCUCGCUUCCCUCGAGACUUCAUACUCACGGAAGUUGGUAUGGUUACAGCGUCAAGAUGGCGGCUAGUGGACCGUCCCUUCUGUGUACAACAAGUUCAUCGAAACGAAAGAAGAAUUCAAAUGUCCAAGAUGGCAAACUUCUGCGACGACCAAGAGCCCCUAAGCCCCUUCCUGCACUGUCGGCACCUUCCCCAACCAAAGACUCGAAUUCACAAGAGAAACCAUUUUAUGAAACAUACGACUAUGAUACAGACAUACCUACUCGUGAAACCCCAGUUACAAUUAGACAAUCUCCAACACCAAGUGUUGUUCCAAGUUUAAUAUCACCUCCUCCUUCUGAAUCCAACCCUACGAAAAAACAUUAUUUCUACAGACAUGUUAUACAUGGAUCUCAACAAACGAAUGUGACUUUUGUCAGCAGAGAUGACAAGAAGUUUAUUUUAGAUCCUUUGUACAGGGUCAAAACAAGUCUUGGAACCUAUGUUGAUGGAAAGUCUUUAAUAAAACCAUUUAAACCCCGGGGACCUGAAAGUUUUCCUGCAAGACCACCUCGGAGACACCCUGAAAUAUUUCAUGUAGACUACGUUGACGAUAUAAGGUAUUAUGCUCCUCCGACGUUUACUUUGGAAACAUUUAUGAUGGAGAUUUCAGACAGACACAGACUUCCAAUGAGGUCUGUAAAACAGGCUGUGUGCUCCAGGCAUAACUACAAGAAAAUUACCAACUUACUUGCCGAUCAAAAAACCUAUGAUUUAUCUCAAGACGAAGUUCAUACCAGCACACUGACCCCUGAAGGACAAAGUAUCCCCCCUGUAGAGCCGAGGAUUCCACAGAAACAGUUGCUUAUUGAGAUGGCAGCCAUGAUAAAACAACAUGUGCGUGACCUGAUGAAUACCGAAGUAAAAUCAGUGAUUCGACCCCUGAAGCGGUACAGCCCUAGCUACCAUGAUACCGAUGUGCCGCACACAGAGAUUAUUCUGUAUGAGGACGACACAACGGAGGUGGCCAGUAGGAGUCAGCAACAACGCCAAGAUACAGAGAUCCCGUCAGUGGACUCCAUGUUCCACUCGGCUCGGUCUCGGUAUUUCCAGGGCUCAGGGCGCAGUCAGUCACCCUUCACUGCACCAGGAGAUGGCAAUGGAGUAAUCUCCCCUUCAGAGCUUGCAAUAUUAGAUUCACUCAUCAAUGGCGGAAGGGCUCUAAGUUUGAAGGCACACUUUAUAUCAGAGCUGCCGGACAUCAACCCUCUCAUACGGACCGUGACCUACAUCAACCUGUCGUUCAACGACUUCACACUGUUUCCUCGCCCCAUACUUGACGUGAAACAGUUGGUGACUCUGAAGUUGAGGAACAAUCCUCUGAGAGAACUGCCACCUGAUAUCCAGCGCCUCAGGAACCUCAAAACAUUGGUGGUGUCCUUCUGUCUUCUACAGACUCUCCCUCUAGGCUUGUUUUCAUUGCAAAAGCUGCGACAUUUGGAUAUCUCCUACAACAAGAUCAUUUUUGUGCCAAAUGAAAUCAGCCAGUUCAGGUCCCUGAGAGAACUAAACAUGGAAGGGAACCAGCUACCAGCUAUGCCAUGUGGUGCUUUACUGCUGGAACUCAACUAUCUUAAUGUCAAAAACAACUUCAUGCAUCCACUGUUCUGGAAGGAGAAUACACGCAACCAACCUCAGAGGUUAAUUGAUAUGGCAGCUCUAACAAUGUACAAGUCUGAGAUGUACCGGACGGCGGAGAACCUGGCACCGUCGGUCAUCAACGUUCUGUCCAGCCGAUCUACGUGUGAUUGCUGUCAUGGACCCCUGUACGGCCCAGGCCUCAGGAUCAUACGACCAGUCAGCAAGCUUCACGGCAUUAUCAACCUCCCCUUCAUCUUCCGCGCUUGCUCACCACACUGUCUUAGAGACUUCAAAAGUGGCAAAGAAACACUUUCUGAGAUUCUGUAUGGUGCUAGGGAGCGACUGACUGAUGAGGAGGAAGAGGAAGAAGAGGAAGAGGAAGAGGAGGAGGAGGAGGAAGGGGAAUAACUCUUUACUAAGAGGUGGUCAUCAAUUUUUCUAAUCUACUGAAUAUCAGAAUGUUCACAUAAAAAAUGUUAUUUGGUAUUGAUACAACUUAUCUAAAAUUACAUGUUAUAUGACUAAAAAUGAUAAGGACCAUAAUUAAAUGGAGAAUAAAAGUUGUUGCAAUAUUUAGAUGAUAUUCAAUGUUUUCACUAAGUAAAUGGUAUACAGUGUACUCAUGUACUGGGGAUAUGCUGUUAAUGAAUUCUGUUGUCCUGUCACAUAGUUGCCAUUAUUGGCCGAUGACAAUUAUUUUGUAUGUAACAAAAUGAAAUACUAUUAACAGAUGUAAAAUAUCUGUCCGAAAUUCCUCCACUACCAGAUGUUUCGUAUGUGUUUUCGACAAUAUCAGCAGAGACUGCACAAAUAUCUUAAUAGUGCUUAUUUCUGUCGGAGGAUGCUAUACUUAUGUCUAGGUUUUUCUGUCUGGUUUGUCAAUCCUCGCUCCAUCUGAUUAGGAUUAUAUGAUCUGUGUGACCAUCUCUGUCUGAAACCUAUAAUGCAGCAAUGCGAUUCCAUACAUUAUUUGCCUAUAAGGACACUAAGAUUGUAGAACUUGCCGUUUACUGUCAGGAUGUCAAAAUUCAAGGUCACUGUACAUGUUGCUGAAUACGAUUUUCAUGUUCUCUGUAUAUCAUAAGUUACAAAAAAGGGGUAGGGGUUUAGGCUAACAGUCAUAUUCACUCACCAGGUAUAAUGUGAACAAAAUAAAAUGAUUGUCAAGGUAGCGAGUUCUCAGUCAUAUGAUACUCUGUGGUCAAAACUCAUGUAAUAUAAUGUCAAAAACAGUUCUUAAUAUAUAGUUGAAUUUUGGAAUAGACAUACUCCCAAAUUUCCGGUGUAACACAUAUACAGUGUGUUACAGUUGGAAGGUUUUUGUGGUUUUCAGUAAACAAAAUGUAUGUUUUGUCAUCAUUUCACCUAUUUCAGAAGUUAAGUAUACACCAAAAGGAUAAAUUGUGACAAUCAAUUUGCACUGAGUCAAUGCAGAAAGAAUGAAAUUGAAAAAAGAUUUUUUUUUUUUUUUGCAAAAUUCAACCAAUUUUGGGGGGGGGGAUGAAAGUUAAAAUGGCCAGAAUACAACAUUUUAGUUAUCUUGAUAUUGUGUUUAACAGACAUUUAAUCUCAAUACUGAACAAUAUUGUUGGUUUGAUUUCCAAAUGUUAGAUAAACAUCUGAUUUAUGUAGUAAAGAGAUAUUUACCUGAACUGACAUGUUAAGAGCUACAAUAUGUAAUAUUGUAUGAUUCAUCUUUUUUAUUUUAUUUUUAUUUAAAUAUUCUAUAUUGUGGAAAGGGACAAGCAGAUUGUCAUGCCAUACAUUCUAAUUGAUGUAUAUGUCACUUUAUUACUGUGUAUAUCUUUUCCUAUCAAUGCUAUUUUCAAUCAUUUUUUUUGCCAAAAAAAGACAAUUCAGUUGGUACAAUUUUGUUUCAAGUGAAAUAUUUUAUAUUGUACCAUGUUGUAAGUCUAUCUAUUACCUAUAUAAAAGGCUUUGUUACCGGUCUGUCUACCUGUACGUUUACCUGUCUGUCUACCUGUUUGUUUACCUGUCUGUCUACCUGUACGUUUACCUGUCUGUCUAUCAGUAUGUUUACCUGUCUGUCUACCUGUUUGUUUACCUGUCUGUCUACCUGUUUGUUUACCUGUCUGUCUAUCAGUAUGUUUACCUGUCUGUCUAUCAGUAUGUUUACCUGUCUGUCUACCUGUUUGUUUACCUGUCGGUCUACCUGUACAUUUACCUGUCUGUCUACAUGACGUUUACCUGUCUGUCUACCUGUACGUUUACCUGUCUGUCUUCCUGUUUGUUUACCUGUCUGUCUACCUGUACAUUUACCUGUCUGUCUACCUGUAUUUGUGUUUUUGUUGUUGUUGUUGUUGUUGUGAAUACUAAAGUUGUUAAAGAAUCUUGUAGAAUGAUAUUGAGAAACAAGUCACCACAGACAUCACAAUCGUACCUUAAUGUUAUCCUGUUAAUGUUUGUUUAGUUAGGUUCAUUGGUAUGAUUAAAAAUCAUAUCUCAAAUAUAUAUUUGUUCACUUUGUACUAUGACUGUCUGUGAUAUUAAUAUGAAUUACUGCAAUCAGUUGACAAUAAAAAAAUGGAAAAAAAUAAAUUUUGUAUAAAUAUUUUAUUUACAAAAAUAUACAAAUAUUCGUUAAUUUGAUAACUGUGAAUUACUCCCCUCACACACACACUUAAUAUGGUAACUCAGGCCUUUCUUUACCUAUUGUGAGAUUUUAGUUUAUUUUUUACUGGACGAUGCUUAAUUUCACAAUCCGUUGUAUAACAAGUAAUUGACAGUAGACAUAUAAGAUAUGCAUGCUUUUUCAUUUGAAUAUACUAUAUACCACAAACAUUUCAGUCCAUAUUAAAUAAUAUCAAAAAUAAGUUUGGCAAUACAUAGAGGAUAUUCAAUGGUCUCCAGUUGAAAAUCAUGUUUCACAAACAUGACAAAACUGUCAGAUAAAUUGUUGAGUGUGAUUCAUUAGUGAAAAUAUAUAUACAUGUAAAAUGAUAUACAAAUGAAAUAGUUAUGACAUUCAACAGAAAAACAAAUGAUUUUUCUGUAUUUUUAAUUUCAUUCUCUGAAACGUUCCGUUAUUGUUGGUGACCAGUUAUAAAUGAUUAGACGUUACAAUCAAACGUCAGUAUUUUUACAUCUUUAAUUCAAUGACAAUAUCGUUUUUAUACUACUGACUUCUGUAUUUCACCAGUAAAAAGAUAAUAAAUUAUCAUAUUUUAUUUGCAAGCAAAUAUUUGAAUUAACAAUUAAAAAUAUAAAAUUAAAUCUUAUAAUAUUAUGGAAACACAUUUUUUAAACUUUUAUUAGUGUUCAACUUUAACGUCAGAAAACUCCAUUUUUUUUCAAUAAAUCUUACUUUACAUGAAAUUGUUUUCUUUUCAAAGAAGAACUAAUUAAGUUUUUUGAGAUCAACACAUUUGCAAUUUAUAUGUUAAAUUGAUUUAAAUAUAAACUUUUGUAUAUAUUUAUUACAUCUUUAGAGAUCAUUCAAUCAAGGAUUUAUGAG